AGCUGUGGGGGUCAGAUUAAUCCAAGCGCUCCCACUGCAUUGGCCACUAUGGGACUCGGACUGCUACUCCCAUUGCUGCUGCUAUGGUCUCAGGGUACCCAGGGGUCUGAGCUGGACCCCAAUGGGCAGCACGUCUGCAUGGCCAGCAGCCCCUCUGCUGAGCUCCAGUGCUGCGCAGGAUGGAAGCAGAAGGAUCAAGAAUGCACCAUCCCCAUCUGUGAGGGGCUGGACGCCUGCCGGGAAGAUGAGGUGUGCGUGAAACCAGGCCUCUGCCGAUGCAAACCUGGAUUCUUUGGGGCCCAGUGCAGUUCCCGUUGCCCGGGCCAGUACUGGGGCCCCGACUGCCGUGAGAGCUGCCCUUGCCACCCCCAUGGCCAGUGCGAGCCGGCUACGGGAGUGUGCCAGUGCCAAGCCGACCGCUGGGGCAGGCGCUGCGAGUUCGCGUGCGUCUGUGGCCCCCACGGGCGCUGCGACCCCGCGACGGGCGCGUGCCGCUGCGAGCCGGGCUGGUGGUCGCCCACAUGCCGCCGCCCAUGCCAGUGCAACCAGGCGGCGGCACGCUGCGAGCCGACCACGGGCGCCUGCCUGUGCGAGCCGGGCUGGUGGGGCCGCCGCUGCAGCUUCCGCUGCUCCUGCCACGGCUCGCCGUGCGCGCAGGAGACCGGCCGCUGCGCCUGCCAGCCGGGCUGGUGGGGUCCCGAGUGCGGGCAGCGGUGCGAGUGCAUGCGGGGCCACUGCAGCGCCGCCUCCGGCCAGUGCGCCUGCCCGCCCGGUUUCCGCGGAGCGCGCUGCGAGCUGCCCUGCCCCGCCGGCCGCUACGGGGCCCAGUGCCGAGACCGCUGUGGCCACUGCAAGCAGAAUGAGCCGUGCUCUUCAGACACAGGCAGCUGUGUGUCCUGUGAGCCAGGCUGGAACGGGACGCAGUGCCACCAGCCCUGCCCACCUGGCACCUUUGGCGAGAGCUGCAAGCAGCAGUGCCCCCGCUGCCGGCUUGGGGAGGCCUGUCAGCUAGACACUGGGCACUGUCAACACUGUGACCCCGGCUGGCUGGGGCCCAGGUGUGAAGACCUGUGCCCCACUGGUACCUUUGGAGAGGGUUGCAGCUUUCCCUGCCCCACAUGUGUUCAGGGGGCCUGUGAUGCUGUGACAGGGGAGUGUGUCUGCAGUGCCGGCUACUGGGGGCCCAGUUGCAACACUUCCUGCCCAUCUGGUUUCCAUGGAAACAACUGCUCAUUGCCCUGCGAAUGCCCAGAGGGACCCUGCCACCCUGUCUCCGGGGCCUGCCAGCUGGGCCCUCACAGUCAAGACUCCGCCCUCAUCCUGGGCAUCCUUGUGCCUCUGCUAUUGUUGCUCCUGGGCCUUGCCUGCUGUGCCUGCUGCUGCUGGGCCGCCCGUUCAGACCCCAAGGACAGGCCAGUGAGCAAUGGAGCUGCUGUGUCCAGGAUGAAGUUACAGGUCUGGGGGGCACUGACCACUCUGGGCUCUGCGCUGCCCUGUGGUUCCCUCAGCACCCACAAGCUACCCUGGGUGACAGUCUCCCACCACGACCCGGAGAUUCCCUUCAACCACAGCUUUAUUGAGCCACCCUCUGCCGGCUGGGCCUCUGAUGACUCCUUCUCUUCUGAUCCUGAGUCUGGAGAAGAGGAUGAGGGUCCUGCCUACUGCGUGCCACCCCAAGAAGGGAUGGCCUCUGUGGCCCAAGCAGUGUCAUCAGAGGCUAGCCUGGCUGGAGGCCCCUUCCCUCCGCCAGAGGAUGCAUCCACACCAUUCGCCAUCCCUCGCACCUCCAGCCUAGCUCGGGCCAAGCGGCCAUCAGUCUCUUUUGCUGAAGGCACCAAGUUUGCACCGCAGAGUCACCGAAGUUCAGGGGAGCUCUCCAGCCCACUCCGAAAGCCCAAGAGGCUUUCCCGGGGAGCCCAGACAGGUCCUGAGGGCCAGGAGGCUGAGGAUUCCACAGGCCCAGAGCAAGCAGAGAUGGAUGAGGCCCCUCCUGCUGCUGCCAGCCCCAAGGAUUCAGCCACUGGCUGCCGGCGGCUUCCUCUUGGUGGCCAGACAGUGGCUGAACGUGUGGAAGCCAUUGAAGGCAGUGUCCAAGACAGCUCAGGCCCUGUGACCACAAUCUACAUGUUGGCAGGGACGCCCCAGGGAUCUGAGGGCCCAGUCCGGUCUGUCCUCCGCCGCUUUGGUAGCUUCCAGAAAGGCCAGGCAGAGCCCAAGGUCAAGAGUGCCAUCCCUAAGCCUCCACGCCGGGCCCUGAGUCGGAAUAAGGGCAGCCCUGGACUGGCCUCUAGUUCUUCUGGCCAGAGCCUCAACUCAGCCCCAAGUGCUGAGCUCACUGGACCCCUGGAGUCAACAAGAGUUAGACCAGAGGAGGUGGCCAAGGGGCUGGGGGCUGGCACUGAGAGCUCAGGGAGGGCCCAGGAACUGGUCUCUGGGGGCAGCCCCCUCAAACAGGAUUCCCAGAAGCAGGCAGAAGAGGAAGAGCAGGAGGAGCCCCAGUAUGAGAAUGUUGUACCCAUCUCUGGGCCACCAGAGCCUCAAGGACCUUGAAUUUGGGGAGUGGGAAGACUACGGAUGGGACAGAGGGGAACUGCUGAUGGAUCAGAUUGUGCCUGUGCUGGAAAAUGACUGCAAGGCCAGGACAGACAUACUGCCUCUGCCCUUCCAGAGGGAAAAGGCAAGGGUUGGAGGCCAGCUGGCUCUGGGCCCUGGCAGUGCUCCAGGAGUGGGUCUGGGAGGCCUGGGCAGAGACUCUGCAGGAUGGGGUCAGGAAGGGGGAAGAGAUGGUUGCAGGGACUUUUCCUCUGUUGUACUGGACUCUGUUAGCCCCUGAGAGUUGUUCUUUCUUCCAUUUGCAAAACAUUUUGGGAAACAACCUAAAUGUUUGAUGAUAAAAGAUUGGUUAAACAAAUAUUUCUUAUGAUGUGUUACUAUACAUGCUAUGCAAGAAUAUUUAAUGUGGGAGAGAUAUGGGAGAAUGUUCAUGCCAUGAGGUUAGGUGUGUAAAAAGUGAGUUACAAUUUAGGGUGUAUGGGACAGUUCCAUUGUUUUCUUUUUGUAAACUAUUUCUUUUUGCCUCAGGAUACAUGUUUAGAAUUCUCUUUUUAUGUAUAUUUUGUGAUUAUCUCAUAAACUUUUUUCUUAUUUUUAUUUUAUUUUAAUUUCUUUUUGAGACAGAGUCUCACUAUGUUGCCCUCGGUAGAGUGCUGUGGCAUCACAGCUCACGCAACCUCAAACUCUUGGGCUUAAGUGAUUCUCUUGCCUCAAUCUCCCAAGUAGCUGGGACUACAGGCUCCUGCCACAGUGCCUGGCUAUUUUUUGUUGCCGUUGUCAUUGUUGUUUAGCAGGCCCGGGCUGGGUUUGAACCCUCCAGCCUCGGUGCAUGUGGCUGGCGCUAUAACCACUGUGCUCUGGGUGCCAACCUGGCAUUAAAUGGUAUUUUUGUCUGGAAGAUGAGAUUAUGGGUGAUAUUUAUUUUUCUCUUAAACUUCUGUGAAAUUUGUGAAUUUUCUACAGUGAACAUUCUUUUUACUUUUCUCACUACAUUGAAUUUUAUAAAAAAUUAUAUAAAAGAGCCUGGGGCAAUGGCUCAUGACUAUAGUGCCAUCUGCUCAGGAAGCUGAGGUGGAAGGAUCCCUUGAGCCCAGGAGUUCAAGGCUGCAGUGAGCUAUGAUUGCACCACUGCAUUCCAGCCUAGGUGACAGAAUGAGACCUCCAUCUCUCUCUCUUUUUUAAAUUAAUUAAUUUUUUUAUUAAAUCAUAGCUGUGUACAUUAAUGCAAUCAUGGGGCACCAUACACUGGUUUUAUAGACCGUUUGACACAUUUUCAUCAGAGACCUCCAUCUCUUAAAAAAAAUUAUAAAAACAAUGUUUUCUUGCUAAAAAUAAAAAGUUCUACCAUGGGCGGCGCCUGUGGCUCAAAGGGUAGGGCGCCAGCCCAUAUACUGAAGGUGGUGGAUUCAAACCCAGCCCAGGCGUGAAAGACAUUAUUCUUAGUAAAGCAUCACAAGAAUGGAGAAGCAUGAAUCCUAUGUACUCAAUUUUGAUAUGAGGACAAUUAAUGACAAUUAUGGUUAUGGGGGGGAAACAGA